GAACUAUAAAACAACCAAGGAAACUUUCUUGAGCUUUUGAAGUUUCUUUGUGUGCAAAAUGAGAAUGUUAGAGCUGUUUCACUUAAAAAUUCUCUUGAAAAUCUUAAACUCACAUCUCCGAAGAUUCAAAAGGACAUUUGCAAUGCAGUUGCUAUAGAAACUACCAAUGCUAUAAUGGAAGAACUUGGUGAUGAGUUCUUCUCUAUUCUCCUUGAUGACUAUAGGGAUGUUUCAACGAAGGAGCAAAUGGCGGUUACUUUGAGAUAUGUUGAUAAAAGGGGAUGUGUGGUAGAGCGCUUUGUGGGUAUUAAACAUGUUACUAGUACUAGUGCUCUUUCUCUAAAGAAUGCAAUUGAAGACUUAUUUUCGACACACAACUUAAGCAUUUCUAGAUUGCGCGGACAAGGUUACGACGGGGCUAGCAAUAUGCAAGGGGAGUUCAAUGGACUAAAGUCACUUAUUUUGCAGGAGAAUGAAUGUGCAUAUUAUGUUCAUUGUUUUGCUCACCAGCUUCAAUUAGUUCUUGUGGCCUUAGCAAAAAAUCAUUUCCAUAUUGCUGACUUCUUUGCUUUGGUUUCUAACAUUGUUAAUGUUGUUGGAGCCUCAUGCAAACGUCAUGAUGUUCUUCGGGAGAACCGAGCUGCCCAAAUUAUUAAAGCCUUUAGUCUCGAUGAUAUUGCAAGUGGCAAAGGCCUUAAUCAAGAGACCACUCUUAGUCGUGCUAGUGAUACACGUUGGGGAUCACAUUAUGGCACCUUACUUAGGGUGGUUACCAUGUUCAACUCUGUGAUUGAUGUGCUUGAUGUUGUAGUAGAGGAUGCAUCUUCCUCGGAUCAGAAAUUAGAAGCCUUCCAUUUAUUGAAGGGAAUGCAAUUUUUUGACUUUGUGUUCAAUCUACAUUUGAUGAAAUCUGUCUUGGGAAUUACAAAUGACUUGUUGCAGGCAUUACAAAGAAAAGACCAAGACAUUGUAAAUGCCAUGACACAAGUUCAAGUAUCCAAGCAAAGACUCCAAUCAAUGAGGGAUAGUGGAUGGAGUAGUUUGAUGGAUGAAGUUUCUGCUUUUUGUAGAGACAAUAAUAUUGAUGUUCCUAGCAUGGAAAGCCUCUAUGUUGCUCAAGGAAGAUCAAGGCAUAGAGCUCACGAAAAGAUAAUUUCUCAUCACUAUCAUUUCAAAGUUAUGAACAUGGUUUUCAAUAGGCAACUCUAAGAGCUAGACAAUCGUUUUAAUGAGGUGAGCACCGAGUUGCUUCUUUGUGUUGCAUGCCUAAAUCCAUCCAACUCAUUUGCAAGUUUUGACAAGCAAAGGUUGAACCGCUUUGCCGAAUUUUAUCCUAAAGACUUCUCGUGUAUUGAACUUUUGGCAACUUUGGACCAACUUGAGAAUUUCAUCAUUUGUGCGCUCUAGUUUCGAGUUUUCAAAUUUAAAAGGAAUUGGUGAUCUUGCUCAAAAGAUGGUUGAGACCCGAAGAGAUAUAGGGUAUCCAUUGGUAUACAAACUGUUGAAGUUGGCCUUAGUUUUACCUGUUUCGACUGCUACAGUAGAGAGGGCUUUUUCUGCUGUGAAGAUUGUGAAGAGUCGACUUCGUAACCAGAUGGGUGAUCAAUGGAUGCAUGAUAGUUUGGUUGUCUAUAUUGAGAGAGAGAUUUUUGAUAGCAUUUCAAAUUAAGCUAUCAUGAAUCGAUUCCAGAAUAUGACAAAUCGACGUGGUCAAUUGUAGGUGAAAUGAUAUGUAAUGGACGGAUAUGCUUUUUUGCUUAUAUAUUAAAAGUCGGUAUCUCUUUUUGGUUAUUGUUCUAUUGUUUUUGUUAUUUUUCAAGUCAUUGUGUACAAGUGCAAAAUUAUAUGUGUUGUAUAUGCUUGACGGCUUGACCCCAGUGUAAUGAAAUCCUAGUUCCGC